UGGGGUCCACCCUCGCCAGGCCUCAGGAGGGGCUUCUUCUGUAGGAGGAGCUGCAGAGUCAGGCUGCCCCGUGUCUCCGGGGGGCUGAGGGGAGGCUAACAUUUAAAAAACGAUAUAUUCAUCAUUUUGGAGGAUUUCAGCACAGAGAUUAUUGCACUUCGCCAUAUCUGACCAGGAUGAAUUCAUCAUUGGUUGCUUAUGAUGAUUCAGAUUCUGACACAGAGACUGGAAAGGCUGAAAAUCUCAAUCUUUCUAGCAGAGAAACCAGACUUGCAAGUUCUGCUGUGAAUCCUAUUCAGUUUUUUGCACCCGGUGGAUUAGGCACAAAAUCUACAUACAAAAUGCAGACUGUUGAGAAUACUGCCAGUACUGGCACAAACAUUAUUUGUGAAGGUACUCCUGCAUAUAAGGUACAGGCUAAUAACAGGGAUUUGGCAGCUGUUUACCCCUGGAAAGAAUAUUCUAACCAGGCUGAAACACUUUCUGGAAAUGGAAGUUUCUCUCAGAAGAGAGUACAUCAGGACAAGGUUAUUACCAUAAAGGGAAUUAGACCAUAUAUCCCUAGAAGACUUCGACAAGAAAAAACUUCUAAAAUAUAUGAAAAAAAAGAAUCUGAAGAACAGAGAGAGAGUUGUGCAAUACCAGGAGAGCAAAUUUCCACAGAGGUUUCUGAACUUAUUAAGCCAUAUUUAGGGUCUAAGUACAAAUCAACUGAAAUCCCAAGGAACUUGGUGUUUCAGAUGUCCAAACACAGUGGUCCAGUUAAUAAAGUCCAGUGGUGUCCUGUACAAGGAUGGAGCCAUAUGCUUCUUUCCACUUCCAUGGAUAAAACUUUCAAGAUAUGGAACGCUGUAGAUACAGGCUGUUGUUUAAAAACAUACUCCUGUCAUAGCUGUGCUGUUCGAACUGCUCAGUGGUCUUCGUGUGGAAGAAGAAUUCUCAGUGGAGGCUUUGAUUCUGUGCUUCAUUUAACAGAUGUUGAAACAGGAACACAGGUAUUUAGCAGCAAAAAUGAAUUUAGGAUCAGCACAUUGAAGUUUCAUCUUUCUGACCCUAAUAUUUUUAUUUGUGGAGGAUUCAGCCCAGAAGUUAAAGCCUGGGAUAUAAGGAAUUGUAAGGUGAUAAAAGUCUACAAAGCAGCAGUACAACAGACCUUGGAUGUCCUCUUCCUUCCUGAAGGAAAAGAAUUUCUUACAAGCACGGAUGCAGUAAGCCGGGACUCAGCUGACCGAACAAUCAUUGCAUGGGAUUUCGACAGUGCUGCAAAAAUUUCCAAUCAGAUUUUUCAUGAGCGUUAUACCUGUCCGAGUCUGACUCUGCACCCUAGAGAACCUGCAUUUGUUGCUCAAACAAAUGGAAACUACAUGGCAUUGUUUUCUACCCAACGACCAUACAGAAUCAACAAAAAGAAAAGAUAUGAAGGGCAUAAGGUGGAAGGAUUUGCAGUAGGCUGUGAAUUUUCCCCAGAUGGAACUCUUCUAGUGACGGGAAGUUCAGAGGGCAAAAUAUUUUUCUAUAACUAUCACACUGCUAGAAUCAUUCACACUUUGUCUGCACAUGACCAGGCUUGUGUGAGUGCAACUUUUCACCCAGUCCUUCCGUCACUUCUUGCAACGUGUGACUGGGCUGGAGAUAUCAAGAUCUGGCAAUAAUAAACCAGUGUUCCCUGUCAGAGUGAGUACAGUUAGUUCACAUCGAAGACACGGGUGCUGGUGUUUCAUCAUAAAUAAACCAGUGUAUAUAAUUUGAAUUUUUCUUAUAAAUAUGAGGGAGUCUUGUCAUUUUGUUUAUUCCAUCCAAGCCUUCUAAGAGUAGGAUUUUCAAAAGUCCUUAAAGCUGGUCUAAGUCUGGAAGUCAAUCAGAGCUAGGCUAACACUGAGUGUUUUUGAAAAUAUCAUCUAAAGCUUUAAGCUUAAAUUUGUUUUUUAUCAUUUGAUGCCUAAUGGGGUUAAAAAGGAGGUGUAGUGGUAAAUAUUAAAUUAUACCAAAAAUUUAAAAAAAAUAACAUUUCCACAUGAGCGCAGGUCUCUGCACAUCCAACUCCUUGCUGCUCUUAGGCAGCUUAAUACUGGGGUUAGUGUUCAAGUUAAUAUAAUAAUAGUUUACAUUUGUAACAUAAUUUUUCAAUCCAAAAGAUCUCUACUUCCAUGCAGUUCCGGAUCACCAUGCAGGAGAAAUCUUCUUCUAAAGUGCAAAGGAAAAGGGUCUCCUUUUCCACAGACCUUUCUUAAUUCUUUAAGAUACAUAUUACCAGUUUUAUGGUUGUUGUUCUUCAACUGGUGCAAAUUGUCAUAGUACCAUUGAAGCCAACAGAGCUAUAACAAUUUAGAUCAGCUAAAGAUCUCCCCCAAAUAUUUUUACAUAGUCAUGUGUAUGAGAGAGAGAGAGAGAAAAUUCAUCUUGUGCCUUUUAGUAUCAACCUUAACUCUGACUCACAAGAUAUACUAACUCUUUAAACAUAUACAUAGAUUAUUUAGAAGUUGUCCUUAUAUUGUGAUGAUUAUGUUGAAAAGAUAAAUAUGUCUUGUAUGUCGGAGUUAAGACUGCUACUAGAAUGUGUGAGAUGAAUUUUCACAGAUCAAUAUUGUGGUUAAUUGAUUUUAAUGAACUGCAGUGUUACAGAAUAUUUAUGUCCAUUUUAGCUGAAUAUUUCCAGAUUUUUUUAACUAGUCUUUUUUAUGACAAUGCUGUAGUUUGAAGAUGUGUUAUUCUGUGAUCUAACUCUAAAUUAAGGAAGCAUUUUGUUUGAGCAUAUCAACUAGAAGAGAAGAGAGUAUGUACCACAGAAAUGAAAGAAGGGAAUUCCUUUUCUAAUGAGACAAAGACCUGAAUUUCAAACAUCAACAUCAUUGGCAUACCAGUGUUCUCUCCUUAUUAAUUCUGUUAUAGUAUUUCAGUCUAUGCAAAAGAACUUUAUUCAGCUACUGGUAAUAGUGUAGGUCCAUAUUAACCCAUGUAUAUGGCUAUAUCAUAGAAUCAUAGAAAUGUCGGGCUGGAAGAGAUCUUGAGAGGUCACCUAGUCCAGCCCCCUUUGUGCUGAGGCGGGACCCAAGAAAACCAUUUCUGACAGGUGUUCGUCUAAGCUGAUUUUAAAAUCCUCCAAUAACGGGUAUUCCACAACUACCCUUGAAGCCUAUUCUAGUGCUUAACUACUCUGACAGUUAGUUAGAAAGCUUUUUCUAAUA